AUGUAUACCUUGGUAAAGCAGCGAUCUUUUCUUGGCACGAAGUAUGAGUUUGCGGCCCUCCCAUCAAUUCCCUCCUCAUCAUUUCAGCCCACUUCCGAGCCAAACGUCACCUCGCCGCUUUUGAGAACCGGAACCAUGCAACAAUCCGACCAGGCUGAACUUCAGCCACCGAACUCUUCUGGUUUAGCUUCCUGCAACACGGACAACAUCCCGGAGUCUUGGGCGUGGUCUCUCAGCCUUAUUUCAGAUCUAGUUUGGCCAGUCCUGCAAGCUCACGAGCCGCAUCCGCCGAUUUUGUGGAGCCCGGUAACCAUUCCCGAAGCUCAACAUUUCGAGCAACGUCACCCUCCUCCAAAAGAUUCGUCGUACAGUCAAUCAUCAGGGACCAACGUAUCUUCUGCUGUCCCCUACCAGCAUUUUUGGGGACCCGCACCACUGGAUAGCGGAACAUCAGACAUUUUGAACGAGCCGUUUCCCAGCCUAGGGGGCUAUCACGAAUUCUGUCAUUCCGACCAACGGCCAAAUCAUGCCGACUACCCAAGUAAUUCCUAUUACAAUCAUUCCUUCCAGCCUGUUGGGCCUCACGAGCCAGAUACUUUUCUGCGUCCAUCGCAAAGUACCGAUAUACCCUUUGAGGUUGGAACGGUAAUCUAUCCUAACGUCGGCGCCAACCAUACGGCAUCCUUCGAAGCCAACAACAGCUCCACCGUGCAGAAUAGGGCUCUAGAUGCUCUCUUUGACUGGAAUAUAGGCGAGAACUCUGGACAGCUGUACCAAGGCGAUCAGUAUUCAUCCAGCCAAUAUCAAUACAUAUCAAGUAUUGUGACUGGCUCUUCUGACAUCCAAGGAAGCCGUCUUUCUGACGGACAAGGGAACAUCUCAUCUCCACCCCUCGAAAAUGCAGAUAUGUACUUGGACUCAACUGUGCCAACUGCUGCCGAAGCUAAUUAG